CCGUCCCGGUGCGGAACGACUGUCCCCGACCCCAUCAAUACAUCAAAACUACCCCCGUUCAAACCAGACUGAAAAGAUUAAUAAUAUAGGUUAUACUGUAAGUUGUAAAAAAAUUAUAGUCAUUCAAGAAGUACACAAAAAUGUUUUGUUGGGGUAAUGCUACUCAUCAUGAGCUGUAUAUUGAAAGUGCCGAUAAUGUUGAUCUGAUAAUCAAACCAACAUUAUCAAAAUGGAAAGAGAGCAAUCACUUAAAGACAGUAGCUGCAGGAGAGUUCCAUGCACUGUAUCUCACACAGGGAGGUUUAUUGUACACUUGUGGCAACAAUGAGGUUGGACAAUUAGGUCGUGGAACACAUAAAGGUGACAGCAAGAUUCCAGGUCAAGUAGAUUUUGUGAAAAAUUGUUCCCUUACAUCUAUAGCAUGUGGUGUCCAGCAUUCCAUGGCUCUGGACGAGUGGGGACAGCCGUACAGCUGGGGUUCAGACUCCAUGGGUCAGCUUGGCAGUAACCUCGGCGUCAAUUUCCAAGAUAAACCCAAAAUAGUGAAGUUACUAGCCACAAAAAAUGUCAUACAAAUUGCCUGUGGAUCAUAUCAUUCUGUAGCUUUAUCGAAUAAUGGAGAUCUAUUUGCUUGGGGAGCCAACAACUAUGGGCAGUGCGGGCUAGGCACUAUGACGAGUAAAGAAACGACACCGCAACAAAUCACGUCACUUAUCGGCGUACCUAUAGCGUUGAUCGCUUGUGGCAGUCACCACACGUUUGUAUUGUCAAAAUCGGGUGCCGUAUUCGGCUGGGGCAAGAACACACAUGGCCAGCUUGGCUUAUCAGACAGAGACAACAGAUGUUACCCGGCGCAUUUGAAAACGCUCAGGAAUGUUAAGGUAUGCCACGUAUCGUGCGGCGAAGACUUCACGGUGUUCCUAACCUUGGACGGUGGCGUGUUCACAUGUGGGGCAGGGGAAUACGGACAGACCGGGCACGGAGCCACCAGAGACGAACUAGUGCCGAGGAAAAUAAUGGAGCUAAUGGGCAGUACAGUGACCCAAGUAGCGUGUGGGCGUCGGCACCUCCUCUGCCGCGUGGGCGAGCGUAUCCUGGCCUGCGGGUACGGCGCGCGAGGCCAACUGGGGUGUCCCCGCAUGUCCUUCGCACUAGUGCCCACGCCUGUCUCUUUCUUGCCUAAUGACGAUUCGCCACUGACUGACUUCGAUCUGUCCAAGUUCUCUCCAGAAGUGUUCAGUGGUCCAAUCAAAGUGUUCGCUGGGGGGGACCACAGUUUCCUACUACUCAACAGUGUGGGCACGGACUUCAGGUCACCAGAGUGUUCCAAACAGAUUCUGUCGCUCAAUUAUGAUAAGUUGCAGUUAUGUCAGCAGUUUAAGGAGUCUGACUCCGUUAGUCAGGACCUAAUGGCCUACCUGGAAACAGUGUUCGGUUCAAUCGCGUGCAUCAACGGCUCUUUCCUUUUGCCGCACAACGCGCAUUUCAGUUGCAACACCAAAAUGCCCGGCAUCGAUAUCAAGAAAGCAGAGGAGGCCUUCACUCUAAUAAGCCGAUUCGAGAAUACGUCUAUUAAGGAACUUAUAUUCAACCACCUAACGGAGAACAUAAUAAAGAAGAUGAAAGUUUCCCCGCCGGACGCGGAGGCACUUAGAAUGUUUCUAAUUUUGCCACUCUAUCACGAAAUGAGGAACCCUCGACGGCAUCCAGAAUUGCAGGGCCCCUUCGCUGAGGCGUACAACCGCCUGUCGACGCAUCCGCAGCGCAUCGUACACCUGUGGUGGGAGGCGCAGACGCCCGAGUACUUCGAGAUGCUCGUCGACAUCUUCAAGAGCGUUAUCGUCUACGAGCUCAUGCAGCCUAUCGUGCGAGCCAAUAAGAGAAUUUACUUCACUCACAGCAUAAUACAAAUCCUAAAUACGCUGUCGUCAUUGAACAAAAUUAACUUUACGAACCCGAAGAAGCCCAAAAUACCGGCGGAGUGUUUCUACAUCGAUGACCUUUGCAACCACGUGGACAUUGCUACAGAUUAUAUUAAUUGGCUGUCUGAUCAGGAUUCAUCACAACCACAUAUGUGCAACUACUCGUUCCUAUUCGACGUGACCUGCAAAUCUUUGCUGCUGAAAAUCGAUCAGCAGAUACAGAUGCAAAUGGCUAUCAACCGGGCAGCGACACAGGCCUUCACAAGACUCUUCAUAGACCCCACGUAUGAGUACCACAGGGACCAGUUCUUGAGCCUAACAGUUUCAAGGAACCAUAUUGUAAGGGAUACAAUGUUGCAGAUUAGUAAUCACGAUACCUCGCAGCUGAAGAAACCGCUACGGGUAGAGUUCGUGGGAGAAGAAGCAGAGGACGCAGGUGGCGUCAAGAAAGAAUUCUUUUUACUAUUGCUCAAAGAGAUUUUUGACCCAGUUUAUGGCAUGUUUAAGCAAUCUGAGGAAACCAACAUGAUUUGGUUCUCUAACAACCCUUUCGAGGACGAUGUUAUGUAUUAUUUGAUUGGUGCGAUCUACGGCCUCGCAAUCUACAACUCUAUAAUAAUCUACGUACCGUUCCCCUUGGUGCUGUACAAAAAAUUGCUUGGCGAGACUGUAAUGUUGGACGACUUGCAUGACCUGUAUCCGACUCUGGCUAAUAGUUUGAAGCAGCUGCUGGAGUAUCCUGAUGAGGAUGUUGAAGAUGUGUUCGGCCUGUGCUUUGCUGUAAACACAGUGGUAUUCGACGAGAUCCAAGUGCACCCACUUAAAGAGAAUGGCGUAAACAUCUCAGUCACAUAUGAAAACAAAGACGAGUAUGUGGAGAUGUACGUCGAUUUCUUGUUAAACAAGUCCGUGGAGAACCAGUUCAAAGCUUUCAAUCAGGGCUUCCAGAAGGUAUGCGGCGGCAGGAUAAUAAAGCUGUUCCGGUCGCAUGAGCUGAUGUCGGUAGUGAUUGGCAACGAGGAGUACGAUUGGGACGUCUUUGAAAGCAACUGCGAGUACAAAAACGGAUUCCACCCACAAGAUAAGGAAUGCAGAUGGUUCUGGGAGGUAUUCCACGAGCUAACGCUGGAAGACAAGAAGAAGUUCCUGCUUUUCCUCACCGGUAGCGACAGAGUGCCGAUACAGGGUAUGAGGGACAUCAAAAUCCGCAUCCAGCCCGUAGCAGAUGACCGAUACUACCCAGUAGCUCACACCUGCUUCAAUCUUCUUGAUCUCCCACGGUACAAGACGAAAGAACGCCUUAAAUACUACCUCACACAAGCAAUACAACAGACGCAGGGUUUCUCGCUGGUCUGAGCCCUACUUUCAUAACGUGGAUUUACAGGUACAGACCGAAGUCUGAAUGUGGAUUCUCUUAUUGGAUUUGAAACGGAUGUUUUCAGAACGCUUCUUGAUUUUCUUCAAUUAUUGGUUCUCCGUUAUGCCCGUACUACUCUGGCUUCAUAAACAUUUGAAUAAAUUUGGUAUAUUCUAAACGAGCUCUUAUUGGAGCAAUCUCUAAAAACUACGGUUUUCGGCCGCAUUCAGUAUGAGCUGUAUCAUAUAAUAUACAAAUAAUUAUCAUUGAAAGUGUUCGUUAUAUACAUUGGAAUUCUUUCGUUAUUUCAAGCAGUCCUACAAGAUAUCAAUUUGUAUAAACUGUCGACGUGAUUAGGUUAGGCUUUCAAAAAAAAGUUACCAAGUUGUUAAUGAUUAUAAACACGAAUUGUUUACAUUCAUGAAGGUUUUCUUAUAAAUACAAGAGUGAUAAUCGUAAUUUUCAUUUCAUAGUUCCAAUAUUAGACAGUAUAUUGGUGUAUUCGUGUGCCUUUUUAUCUACCUCUACAUAGCUAGGUACAUAGUUGAAAAUGUUGAACGAAUAGUCACAAAAAAUUAAACAAACUAAUGAACAAAUUUACUAUAGAAAGUGAUAAGCAAAUAAAAACUUUAAUUAAAGUUACGUAAAUUAGCUACUUCAAAUAAUGGUCGCAAAAAUUAAAGCUUUCGUUACAUUUACAUAAAUUAGUAAUGUUGAGAAUUUUUAAAAAUGAGAAUUUAUUCCAAUAGGUGGCGUUUUAUACAUUAGCCAAUCAAAAUCAAACACACACCUUACGUCAAUUACAAUUCAGCGCUUUGAUUGGUUGUUUUUAAUUUAAGGUUUAGCUUUAUCAGCUUACUUGUUUAUAGAAUAUGUUAUUAUAUGUGCGAUAAUUUCAGGCUUAAGACUGAAUAUUCGUUCUAGUAUGAUGUUAUUCAACGCGGUUUGAACGCUUUUAGACUUAAUUUUAAGAUAAAUUACACUACGGAAGACUCAAUUAGCGAAUAGACCGCAUGCAUUUAUAAAUGAAUGAUGUUGUUAUGCUGAUGACGUAAAUGGGCACCUCAUGAGUGACUUGACACCAAUACAAUGACAGGACAUUUACUUGUAUUGACCUACCAGAGAGAGAAUAGCUUUAUGCGAUAAUGUGAGAGUUCUACCAUAUAUGAGUUCUCUUUCUUUCUCAUAAGCUCGUCUCUUUGAAGUGAGAGUAUAGACAAAGUUUUAUUUUAUACAGAGUGAACUGGCGAGAGCUACGAAACAUGAGUUGGUGGCUGGUUCCGCUGAGAUGCUAAAUUAUGUCAAUUGACUAGAAAAUUACUAAAGGAAACAAAUUAAAUUUAGGACCCUCGCCCUCGCUUGGAGAAUCUAAAACACCUAAUAACGAUGAUCUUAUACACAAGAUAUGUUACGUUCAUAGUAAUCGACUAUUGAAAGCUGUCGCGCGACACGUGUUUUGCCGGUGCACAGAUUACAAUUUUUUGGAACAGAAUGAAAAACGUGAAAAAUAUUUUUAAGUAAUAUAUUAUCUACCUUAGAACAAUACUAUUUCUAUGGUAAUAAAUUUGUUCACAGUUUUAAAAAUGAUUUAAAGAUUAUAAUUAAUAGUCAUCUUCUAUACAAAGCUAAUAAUAUAUAUUAGAUAAAAGGAAACUUAGAACAGGUAAUUGAUUACUUUACUGCCUACUAUCGUCGUAUCCGCACUUUGCAUGCGUCCAUAUCACUAUCACGCGUCACUAUCACUCGCUACAGAAAUAAUUUUACUGUCUCGAUCUUAAAUCAAGCAACUACUGAUAUUUAUUAGAAUAAACAGAAAAAUAAUUAAAAUAUAGUAAUAAUGUAAAUAUUUUUGCUAACUUACGCGGGGUGAGUGAUUCUUUGUAUUUUAUUUACAUUAACAUAGUAAUAAGUGCAUUUUCAAGACUUUUUUUUUAAAUUAAAAUUAAAAAAAUUCCCAAACGUCGCUUUCAUCCCUUUGCUUCACGCAGACUUAUUGCAAUAAGUUACUUACUUUUUUUUUUUCAAGUAUAUUGUAUCAUAACCUAAUAAUACCGCCACUAUUGGGAGGUCCGGAAAUAACUUGUUUCCUUUAAUUUUUAAACAAUUUGUUUUUGAAAUUUAAUUUACACUGUUAGAAAUAAAAUAUUAAGUUGUAAGAUCGUUCCAUUGUCAUAAACGAAUUGUUUUGGCUUGUUGAGAAACGUUUCAAUAUUAAUUUUUGUGCCUUCACAAAAAACAAAAUUUGUAACAUUGUUGAUAAAUAUUUUAUUGUUUAUAAGUAUUUGAAUCAAUAUUGUUAUUUAUUUAAUUUUGUUAUUAUAGAAAUGUUGAAGUUUUGAUAAAUGAUAUUUAAAAGUCGGUUCUGUUAUCAAUUGGGUUAAUGAUAGUAGAAAAAUGCCUCUAUCCUUCUGUACUGUUUUUAAACUUAAAAGGAUAGUAUCGUUCCUAAGUUCAUUGAAGGUAUUAAUUGGAGCAAGAUACGCAACUUGAAUAUUAAAUAUGAAAUACACUAAAACGUUACGAUGUCUUAAAUAACCCUAUUGAAAGGUAUAAUCACAUCAGCAUGAGUCGCGCCUCACAUGUUUGAAAUAGUUAAGUAUGCCGUGGUACUGUGAUAUUAUUUAGAUACAAUUUUCACUUUCUUGACAAUACUGUUAGUAUAGCGCGACCAUGAAAUGGACAUGAAUGAAUUUUAAAAAUCUUUAGUUUUUUUUAAAAUCGAAUGAUUGAAAAUCUUUUAUAUAAUGACCAUCGUGAAUGAACUAUGAUAUAUCCAAAUAUUAUAUCAAACAUUUAUUUGAUAACUAAGAGAGACAAAGAGGUACGUACUUUUUUUUUAUUCAAUGUUUGCUCUGGUUCAAACUCUGAAUACUCAAGAGUGAAUACUUUGGUAAAAAAUCCUCUACAUUUGAUAAGACAUUAUUCGCAAAACACAUGACAUGACAUUGUUUUAUUAUUUUUAAUAAAGUGCUUAUUUUUAUUGGACACAAAAAAAAACGGAAAAUAUUUUCGCCCAAACACAGCGAGAGAAUCACUCAUUAUUUUGCCCUAUAGCAGAGGCCUUUAUUUAUGACAUAUAAUAAUAAUAUAUGACUGAAUAUUCGAACAGAAUAAUAUUUUUUUUCUCUAAAGCAAGUUCAACUACCGUUAGCGUGCAGCAAGUUGUCGCUAGAGGUACCUCUGGCGACCUCUAGGAGCAGUAAAUUGCCAUACAAAGUUGUGAAAUAUUCUGUCACUGUAAACUCACGGCACGUUAAAGGCCCUACAACAUCCAACAUUCGCCAACUAGUGACCAGCCAGAGUGUAGUAAAAAAAGACAAGCCAUUUAGUUUCACCUGAUAUAUUUUUCGGUCUAAAGUUGAUUUAUUUCAUGGUUGCCGCUAAGACGCGUAAUAGAAAUUGCUAUAAAAAUUGUACAUGUUGUACAUAAAACUAGCUAGAAUGUAGUUUGGCUAGUUGCUUUUGAUAUUUUGGAAGUAUUUAUGAAGCACCUCGAACU